AUGUCUGUUGUCGAGAUGAAUCCAGAGGAUCUGGAGCGUCUGCUGUUGGAUGAGAGCACAGCAACAGCAGAACAGUUAGCGUCAAUGAAAACGACGCUGGAGCACCUUGUCAAAAAGGUGGACAGCCUCGCAGCAAGGAAAUGCCACAGGCUCUUCAAAGUGAUAUGCUCGGAACAGAAGGCUAAGCAGUAUGAAAAGGUAUUCUCACCUAAAGUCGAAAAUGAGGCGACUUCUGAGCAAGCAGCAUUUCACACUGAGCAUUCUAAUCCUUUUCACUUUCAGCCUCGUCAGCAUCCGGAAACAGGAAGCUGUGGAGACGCUCCUGCGACAGUCUACGAGCAGCUAAAUGUCAGCGAGUUCGACAAUGUCGAAUAUCAUCUAAACUUCGAUCCUAUCGCUGCUGCUCAAGGUAGGCUUCGCCAACAAGCUGGCAAAACUGAUGAAAUCAAGCCUGGGACAGCUGAACAGAUGUUUUUGCAGCCAGGAAAGACGACCGACUUGAGGCCGAAGAUCAAGGGCUUGACCCAAUUGUCGUCGACGAGGUGUCAAAGCCCAGGUGAGUCGCAUCGUUCAGAAAGUCAAAUGGGCUGUAUAUUGGCAGCAAUGGCUUUAUCCCGAGGUCGAGACAUACAAAGAUCCCCAAGGGAGAAAUUUCGAAGAUUUCGUACUGAGGAUGAGUUGCUUAACCACUUGCUGCUUUCAAAAUUGGACGGGUACCCAAAGGCAGUGGCUAAGGCACUACCUAAACACAUAAGGGAAGGAAGCUUCGACGCUUAA